AUGGCGAGCAAACACCCACGCAAGAGCAAGCAUCGAUCAACCCUCUCCCUCCAGAAAACUGAUAUCAAGAUCAAUGUCUACGAUUUACUGCCACCAGGAAAAGUCGCAUCUCUCCUCUGGACACUUGGCACCUCUCUCCUCCACAGCGGAGUCGUUAUCAACGACCGGGAAUAUGCCUAUGGCGGCCAUGACCUUCCCACAACAGGCGUCUAUUAUACCCAGCCCCGAGCAGUUCCUCCCGGUGGAACGUUCAAGUGCGAGCUCCUGCACGGCUUCAGUUUCUCAUCGCCGGCCGAGAUCGACGCCAUAAUCCACGAGGCGUCCGAGGUCUUCCAGGGUACCUCCUACAAUCUGCUCACCCGCAACUGCAACCACUUCACCGCGUACCUGUGCGAGAAGCUGACCCGACGUCCCAGUCCGGCCUGGCUGAACCGUGCCGCAAGUAUAGGAAUCGCCCUGCCUUGUGUGGUUCCCAAGGAGUGGAUUGCUCCGCCCGAUUUCGAGACCGCCGAGGGAGAACUGAUGAUGUGUGACGAUGCGGAUCAUCGCGUGGGUGAGCGCGCCGGCAUGCUGGGGAAUAUGGGGAGUAGUGUGCAGAGGACGAGUGUAGAUAACGGGGAUGAGGAGUGGGAUAGUGAGGAAGAAAGGCGGAGGGGUGGGAGUGGAAAGGGGAAACAGCCCGUGAGGGAUACAUCGGGAAGGGAGGUACAUCCUGCGGAAAGAGCGCCGCAAACACCUCCAGCUGGUCGAUCCACGCACUCAUCCCCGACUCGUGCAUCCUCGCCAUCACAUAACUCGCCAGCUGAAACGCGCUAUCAUAAUGCUUCCGUCCCGCCUUCCGGAACCCCAGAUUUCCCGCCGCCAGACUCAACGCCACCGUCCGAUUAUUCCCCUUUUCAGGAUACCGCUUUCCGGUCUGGGGAUGAUACCAGUUCGGCGGCCUUACGACCGUGCUCACCCGCGCGCGCGAUCAAGUUCCCACUGCGGUCCGAAGAGUACUGCGUCUCGGUCUUGACGCCACGACCGCGGUUGUCGAUCGCGCCUCCAGGCCGCUGUUCGCUGUUCCGCUUCGUUAUCAGGUUGAACAUGUCGGCGAGGUCGCUGACCGUCUCGCGUUUGGCCUGCGGAUGCAAGGACGGCGAUUGCAGGGAGCCGCGCAAAGGUGCAGCUUUUUUCGCAGCGAAGGACAUGGAGGGAAGUUUGGGCAUGGCUCGUGGUGCGGCGACUGAUCUUUUCGGGCGGUCGCCUUCGGCGAGUCGUGAGGAGGAGCUGGAGAAUGGGCGUAGACAUCGUGAGGGCAGAUUGCGUGUGUGCAGCAGUUCUGUGACAGGCGGCUGUGCUGCCAGCAGGCGCCGGGAGGCUGUCCGACUCAUGGUCUUGGGUGGGUGGUGGUCGGACGAAGGCCUGCUUUUCGCGUUACGGUCGCAAUUCCUACCGCAUGAUAUACGGACGCUAGGAGCGGGAUCAUCGUCGAGAUACUUCCACCAGAGCUCGAGGUUAGGACAGGAGAAGCAGGCCAAAGAAUCGCCUAAAAAGCAGGCUCCCGAGGAGGACACGGCAAAGAAAACGUCUGGUGAGGCGGACGAGUCUUCAUCUGGAGAGGAGAAGGAGAAGGAGAAGGAGAAGAAAGAGGGCGAGAGUGAAGGCGAGGGCAAAGAGGAGAAGGAAGCCCCUCCUCCACCGCCGCCUCACGGGGACAAGUCGCCAUGGCAAGUCUUCACCGACACCCUGCAAUCGGAAUUCAAGGCUUCAAAGGAGUGGAACGAGUCCACCAAGGCUUUGGCAGCUGGUGCCCAGCAGUUUACGGAGAACGAGUCUGUAAGACGGGCUCGUGAGGCGUACGAAUCUACAACUGGCGCAGUGUCAUCGACGACGGCGAAGGUGCUGAAGACUACUGCUGGGGCUGUUGGGCAGGGAGCUGCGUGGACGUGGGAUACGUCUGUUGUCAAGGGUGUGCGGACGACGGUCAAUGCUACAGCUACUGUUAUUGAGAAGGGGACUCGGCCGAUUCGAGAGACGGAGGCGUAUAAGAAUGUCAAGAAUGUGAUUGAUGAUGGCAGCAGCUCGCGCUACGGAGGAUGGGUCGAGAAGGAGGAGCGCAGAAAGAAGAGGGAAUUGCGGGAGGCGGAGGAGGCUGCAAGGUUGGGUAUGCACGGCAGACGGGUUGAAGUUGCUCAAGAAGACCCGGAGGCCGGCACCAACGUAACCGUCCAUAAAGACGCCGCCUGGAAAGAAUCCUGGCGCGACUUCCGCGACUCCAACCGCCUCAUGCAAGGCAUAUUCUCUAUGAAGAAUACCUACAACGAGUCCGAGAACCCGCUCAUCUCUACCGCGCGCUCCAUCUCCGACCGUGUCGCCGGCUUCUUCGCCGAGAACGAGACGGCAAUGGUCAUCAAGAAGUUCCGCGAGAUGGACCCGUCCUUCCAGAUGGAGCCAUUCCUGCGUGAGAUGCGCGAGUACAUCCUCCCCGAAGUGCUCGACGCCUACGUCAAGGGCGACACCGAGACCCUGCGCUUGUGGCUCUCCGCUGCGCAGUUCCAAGUCUACGACGCGCUGAGUAAGCAGUACACGACUGCGGGCUUGAAAUCCGAUGGCCGGAUCCUGGACAUCAGGAACGUGGAGAUCUUGCAGGCGCGGAUCUUGGAUCCAGGAGAUGUCCCAGUGUUCAUCGUGACGUGCCGCACGCAGGAGGUGCACGUGUACCGCAAGGCGAAGACGAAUGAGUUGGCGGCCGGCAUGGAGGAUAAAGUGCAGCUUGUGACCUACGCGAUUGGAGUUACGCGCGUGCCCGAGGAUGUCAAUAAUCCCGAGACGAGGGGCUGGCGGCUGAUCGAGCUGCAGAAGAGUGGGAGGGAUUACAUCUGA